AUGGGGGGGGGAUAUAUCAGGCCACACACACCAUUUCCAAUACCAUACAUACAUGGGGUGGUGGAGGAUACGGUGGAUCAGUCGGCAUUGGAGGCGGAGGUGGUGGAGGCUACGGUGGAUCAAGUGGAGGAUCAGUCAUCAUUUCCAGUGGAGGAGGAGGAGGAGGUGGAUACGGAGGUUCAUCAGUCGGCAUCGGCGGUGGAGGAGGUGGAGGCUACGGUGGUGGAGGAAGUGGAGGAUAUGGAGGCUCAUCAAGUGGAGGAUACGGUGGUUCAGGUGGAUCUAUUAGCAUCGGAGGUGGAGGAGGUGGAGGAUACGGUGGUGGAUCAGUCAUCACCAGUGGAGGAGGUGGAGGAUAUGGUGGAUCAAGUGGAUCUAUCAGUAUCGGAGGUGGAGGAAGUGGAGGAUACGGCGGAUCAGGUGGUGGAUCAAUCAUUGGAGGUGGAGGAGGUGGAGGAUACGGCGGAUCAGGUGGUGGAUCAAUCAUUGGAGGUGGAGGAGGUGGAGGAUACGGCGGAUCAGGUGGUGGAUCAAUCAUCGGAGGUGGAGGAUUCGGCGGAUCAGUCAUCACUAGUGGAGGAGGUGGAGGCUACGGAGGUGGAUCAGUUGGCAUCGGCGGUGGAGGAGGUGGAGGCUUCGGUGGUGGAUCAGUCAUCACUUCUGGAGGCGGUGGAGGAUAUGGCGGUUCAGGUGGUGGAUCAGUCAUCAUUGGAGGUGGAGGAGGUGGAGGCUACGGAGGUGGAUCAAGUGGAGGUGGAAUCGUCACCAGCAGUUACUCAGUUCCCGUCGUCACUUCUGGAAGAGGGAGGUACUAAAAAGUGGAGCUACCACAUAUGGAAGUGGAAGAAAGUUCACUUCACCACUCCAAGUCCACUUUGCUAA